AUGGAGGCCGGUGAUGGGCUGGCAGAGACCGGCGGUGGUGUAACUGGGCCUGGCGGAUGCCCAAGAGGCAGCGGAAAGAGAAGCCCUUCAGUUUCUUUGGCAAUUAUCUACAUGAUGGCUGUAUACUACUUCGCCAUCCUCUCCUUCGCCCAACCCCAUCUCAAUUCCCAGCUUCCAACCAACAAUGGUUAUGAAGGUGGGAGCAGUAGAAAGCCAUGGCCUUGCUGCAAUAGGUGCGGUGGGUGCACCAGGUCCAUCCCGCCGGAAUGCCAGUGCUGGGAUCUCACCAGGGCCUGCCAUCCCCUGUGCAACGAAUGCGUUCGAUCACCACUUAGCGUCGAGCCACCCCUCUACCAGUGCAUGGACCGCAUCGCCGACUACUGCAAGAUCCCAUGCAAGUUGCCGCCGAGAAGCUAUUUGCGAUGACCAAUGCGUUGUUGCUUUGUUUUAAUUUCUGAUCGUUUGAUCCAUUUGAUGUCUUGAAUUAACGAAAAUUUG